CUUUCCGCAGGCAGCAGGCAGGCAGACAGGCAGUAGUGUUCAGUGUUUGGGGGAGAGUUAGAGGUGGAUGACUCUCACACACUGACUGGCUGCAGAGAUCUGAGGAAGACCAACUGGGAUAAAACCAGGAUAAACUAAAGCUAACGGUGGGAUAGACGUGGGCUAAACCAGGCUAAACCAGGCUACAACCAGGUCAAAGAAACAAGCAGGAUCUUAUCCAUAUAGCCUGAGGGUUGUGGAUCUAUAACAACAGAAGAGAUGAAAGUGGGUGGUGGACCUCCACCCUCUUCCCUGUGUGCGUGGGUGGUGCUGCUUAUUUUGGUGGAGUCAGGUGAACCCUACCGGACCCCAUACGACCAGGAACAAGGCCAGAACAGAGAGAGUACAGACUCCAGGCUAGACUCCAGGACAGACACCAGGGACUACCACAGAGAUGCCAGGCCAGACACCAGGGACUACCACAGAGAUGCCAGGCCAGACACCUGGGACUACCACAGAGAUGCCAGCGAGGUGAGGGGUAAAGAGUGUCAGCGGUGCUGUGAGCCUGGAGAGGAGGUCCGUACUCAGUCUGCCGACCCCCAGUACCCACAACACUACCCACAGUACCAGGCGGUGCCACAGAUCAACAUAACCAUCCUCAAAGGUGAGAAGGGGGAGAGCGGCCAGCGAGGGCCCUACGGUAAAUCUGGCAAGUCCGGCCAGUCCGGCCCUCGUGGGCCCAAUGGCAUCAAGGGCACCAAGGGGAGCAUAGGGACCCCGGGUGACCCCUGCAAGGUCCAGUACGCUGCCUUCUCCGUGGGCCGCAAGAAGGCCAUCCACUCCAACGACUACUACCAGACCUUAGUGUUCGACACUGAGCUCGUCAACCUCUACGGACACUUCAACAUGUUCACCGGCAAGUUCUACUGCUACGUGCCGGGAAUCUACUACUUCAGCCUGAACGUGCACACGUGGAACCAGAAGGAGACGUACGUGCACGUGAUGCAUAACGAGAGAGAGGUGGUGAUCCUGUACGCCCAGUCCAGUGACCGGAGCAUCAUGCAGAGCCAGAGCCUGAUGCUAGAGCUGGAGAGAGAGGACCAGGUGUGGGUCCGGCUGUUCAAAGGAGAGAGGGAGAACGCCAUCUUCAGCGAUGACUUUGAUACCUACAUCACCUUCAAUGGACACCUUAUCAAGCCCAAGAGCGAGGGGUAGGGGAAAGGGGUCGGUUGGGGCUGUGUCCCAAAUGGCACCCUAUUAGCUGUAUAGUCCACUACAUAGGGAACGGGAUCCCACUUGGGAUGCAUACUAGGGGGGUUGUGGGCUUGUAUGAUGGACCAGUGUGACGCGAGAAGGAGACCAAAAUCUGAAGAAGAUUGGUUCCCAGUUCAUAGAAGAAUAUCUUAACUUUCUUAUUGUGUCUUUUUACGUGUGUUAUUAUUGUAUUUAAUCCAGAUAUCAAGAGAGACAUUGACUUACUUUGAGAAGUAAACCAAGCCACUUGUUAAUUUGACAAAAACAUGUUGCACACACAGCCUGAUGAAGAUUGAUGAUCGGUUGGAGGUUUUGUCAGGAAACAGCCAAACAGAAUCAAUUCAAGAUGGCCACUGUUCAAGAUGGCCACUGUUCAAGAUGUUCAACAGAGCGGAGAAAAAUUAUCCUCAGGGUAGGGACGUCCCAAAGAGCCCACUAACCAUGUUCAAAGUGCCUUGAUUGCGUGAAGCAUCGUCUUGCAGCCAUACCAUUCUUACAGCACUGCUUUCAAUUUUGGCCAGUAAAUCAAAAGAAUUACACAUUGACUCCCUGCAACACUUAGGGUGCAUCCCAAACGGCACCAUAUUCCCUAUUUAGACACAUAAGGUUCUGGUAAAAAAAAACGGUGCACUAAAUACAGAAUACCGGUAUGGUGCUAUUUGGGACGCAGAGCCUUUAUGAAUCAUGUAUGUUGUGUGAUGCAAAGUAUUAUGAUUCGUAUCAACUUUGCACCCAGAUAAACUGUAUGUUUUAAGAGCACUCCUCUGUCACGGUCCUCAUAACCAGGAGACCAAGGCACAGCUUGAUUGGAAUACAUUCUUCUUUAAUUAAAACAAAGAACACUUAAACAAACACGCCGCUAUAAACUAGUGCUGACAUGCAACUACACAUAAACAAUAACCCACAAAAUACCCAGGGACUAUGGCUACAUAAAUAUGGUCCCCAAUCAGAGACAACGACAAACAGCUGCCUCUGAUUGGGAACCAAUCUAGGCAACCAUAGACAUUUAAACACCUAGAUAUACAAAAAGCCAUGAUAUACAAAAACCCCUAGACAAUCCAAAAACUACACAUACCACCCUUGUCACACACUGACCUAACCAAAAUAAUAACGAAAACAAAGAUAACUAAGGUCAGGGCGUGACAUCAUAUCUUUCAGAUGUAGAGACAGAUCAUAUUUGUUUGAGUUAGACAUAGAUUAGACAUAUUACACUGUAAACACACCCAUUUAAAUGUCAAUAUAUCUUUAUUGUCCAUUUGAACUCAAUAGAUCUUUAUUGUCCCCAGUGUAAAACAGUUGUAUACAUAGAUAUCAUAAAACAUACAUACAAUGACAAUGACCUGGACUAGAUAAAGCAACAGGACCUGGACUAGAUAAAGCAACAGGACCUGGACUAGAUAAAGCAACAGGACCUGGACUAGAUAAAGUAACAGGACCUGGACUAGAUAAAGUAACAGGACCUAGACUAGAUAGAGUAACAGGACCUGGACUAGAUAAAGUAACAGGACCUAGACUAGAUAGAGUAACAGGACCUGGACUAGAUAGAGUAACAGGACCUGGACUAGAUAAAGUAACAGGACCUGGACUAGAUAAAGUAACAGAACCUAGACUAGAUAGAGUAACAGGACCUGGACUAGAUAAAGUAACAGGACCUGGACUAGAUAAAGUAACAGAACCCAGACUAGAUAAAGCAACAGGUGCUUAAAUGGACUUCAUAUGAACUAGACAAAGCAACAGGACCUGGACUAGACAGAGCAUGGCAUAUCUGUACAUUCACUCACAUAGUUGCAUUCUGGUUGUUUGGUGACUGUGGACAUUCAAACCAUGUAAGCAAACUGUAUCUGUAGGUUUAGGUUAUUGUACCAGGGUGGGGUUGCCCUUCUUUGAAAUAUGAAAUGAAAAACCCAGGACUAAAAUUGGCACCCUAUUCCUUGGGCAGUGCGCUACUUCUGACCAGAGCUCUAUGGGUCGUGGUAAAAAGUAGUGCGUGACAUAGGGACUAGGGUGUCAUUUGGGGCGCAGACACUAUUCUUUCAUUGUGAAUGUAACCUACCAUGUAUAAUACAACAAUAGGACCAGCUGUACUGAACGUGAGCUGCAAAAUCCAACACAUACAGUAAUUCCACAUGGAGCUUUUACUUUUUAAAUGGUGUUGUUUGGAUAAAAGAAACAAUCCAUACAGUAUAUAUUGUAUUGUAUUUUGCAAAGUGUUUGAAAUAUAAUGAUAUGCUUUUUUUUAUUGUUAAAUAUUCUAAUGUCAAGUGUAACAUCAGUGGUGAAGAAAAUAUAUUCCAAAAUCAUAUCAAGUUUCACCAAAAAAAUAUAUAUUUAUUUUUGUUGGUACCACAAUCCAGUAUUCACUUCAUGAAACCUCAAGUCAUUUAGUCAAGGAUGGUUUCCCAAUAUUCUGUUUAUACAAGUUGAUGACAGCCAAUCAGAUGAAGAAGUCCCUAGAGCUCAGUAUUAGCCUCAAAGGCCAGGGCCCCAUUCCAAACCCUCACACCCUAUCCAUGGGUGCUAGUUGGGCCUUGUUCCAAAACCAAACCCUCACACCCUAUCCAUGGGUCCUAGUUGGGCCUUGUUCCAAAACCAAACCCUCACACCCUAUCCAUGGGUCCUAGUUGGGCCUUGUUCCAAAACCAAACCCUCACACCCUAUCCAUGGGUCCUAGUUGGGCCUUGUUCCAAAACCAAACCCUCACACCCUAUCCAUGGGUCCUAGUUGGGCCUUGUUCCAAAACCAAACCCUCACACCCUAUCCAUGGGUCCUAGUUGGGCCUUGUUCCAAAACCAAACCCUCACACCCUAUCCAUGGGUCCUAGUUGGGCCUUGUUCCAAAACCAAACCCUCACACCCUAUCCAUGGGUCCUAGUUGGGCCUUGUUCCAAAACCAAACCCUCACACCCUAUCCAUGGGUCCUAGUUGGGCCUUGUUCCAAAACCAAACCCUCACACCCUAUCCAUGGGUCCUAGUUGGGCCUUGUUCCAAAACCAAACCCUCACACCCUAUCCACGGGUCCUAGUUGGGCCUUGUUCCAAAACCAAACCCUCACACCCUAUCCAUGGGUCCUAGUUGGGCCUUGUUCCAAAACCAAACCCUCACACCCUAUCCACGGGUCCUAGUUGGGCCUUGUUCCAAAACCAAACCCUCACACCCUAUCCAUGGGUCCUAGUUGGGCCUUGUUCCAAAACCAAACCCUCACACCCUAUCCACGGGUCCUAGUUGGGCCUUGUUCCAAAACCAAACCCUCACACCCUAUCCAUGGGUCCUAGUUGGGCCUUGUUCCAAAACCAAACCCUCACACCCUAUCCACGGGUCCUAGUUGGGCCUUGUUCCAAAACCAAACCCUCACACCCUAUCCAUGGGUCCUAGUUGGGCCUUGUUCCAAAACCAAACCCUCACACCCUAUCCACGGGUCCUAGUUGGGCCUUGUUCCAAAACCAAACCCUCACACCCUAUCCAUGGGUCCUAGUUGGGCCUUGUUCCAAAACCAAACCCUCACACCCUAUCCACGGGUCCUAGUUGGGCCUUGUUCCAAAACCAAACCCUCACACCCUAUCCACGGGUCCUAGUUGGGCCUUGUUCCAAAACCAAACCCUCACACCCUAUCCACGGGUCCUAGUUGGGCCUUGUUCCAAAACCAAACCCUCACACCCUAUCCACGGGUCCUAGUUGGGCCUUGUUCCAAAACCAAACCCUCACACCCUAUCCAUGGGUCCUAGUUGGGCCUUGUUCCAAAACCAAACCCUCACACCCUAUCCACGGGUCCUAGUUGGGCCUUGUUCCAAAACCAAACCCUCACACCCUAUCCACGGGUCCUAGUUGGGCCUUGUUCCAAAACCAAACCCUCACACCCUAUCCAUGGGUCCUAGUUGGGCCUUGUUCCAAAACCAAACCCUCACACCCUAUCCAUGGGUCCUAGUUGGGCCUUGUUC